GGUUACUCCGGAGGACACUGCACGUACUAACCGAUGAGGCCGGGAGCUUCUGCGGUUUCCCUUUUUAUCGCCGCAUCUGUUCGAGGUCGUUUCCCCACUUUCACCUGAAGCAGCCACAUCCAGACCGAACAUCCUGUGAAAGCCUCUCAGAGCCUACACCCAGCCGGAUCUGAUGUGCUGACGUGUCGGCUCCUCCAGUCCAGUGCUCAUGCUCCAGCAGCCGAAGCGAGACCGUCAACAAAACUGCCAGCAUGGCAGCAAAACACUUUUACAGACAAGGCUUUUUACUACUUUUAUUCAAUUUUAUUUCAACCGCAGCCUUGGAAAAAAGGUUUUCGGAAUUUAAAAGAUGCGCCGAUCAGGACUGUAGCAUGCUUCUGUGUCGAGGGAAAGCAGUGAAAGAUUUCACAGGACCAGAUUGUCGGUUCCUGUCAUUUAAGAAAUCAGAAACUAUCUAUGUAUACUACAAACUGGCGGGUAGAAGGCCUGACAUGUGGGCCGGAAGUGUUGGCAAUAACUUUGGCUAUUUCCCGAGGGAUCUUCUUGCAGUUAACCACCUUUAUACUGACAAAGAGAUUGAAGUUCCAGCAGAGGAAACAGAUUUUGUCUGUUUUGAUACUGGAUUUGAUAAGUUUAACAAUUAUGACGUAGAGUUACUCUUAGGCUCUUUAGUGGAGGAGAAUGACGGUGAAAAUAAGGGGACGUCUGGCCAAAUCCAGGUGGCAGAGGACACUCACAAAGAAACACAUCCAUCUGAAGAAGAAGUGAUAGCCAGUGAAAAACAAACUGAGCAUCAAGAUAACUCAGAGGAUCUUGAUAAAGUCCCAGAUGACCAAAGUGCCUCUUUACCUGAGCUUCAGGUGGUAUCUGAAUCGCCUUCUAGUCUAGCAGUAGAACCUGAUACAGCAGCUACACCUGAUGUUACUGAAAGAGCUGAAGAAGUUGAGCAAAACCGCGCAGUAGAGUCCGUUCUUGAAAAUGUUGUGUCAGAGGGGAUUGAAACCAAAGAAAAACCCACAAAAUCUGAAGUGGAAUCCGUGCCCAACGAUGAGUUUGUUACAGAAAACAAACCAGUCCCGAUUUCUGAAGGAGUGCAAAUCCCUGAGUUGAAAACUACCCUUGGAACAACUUUUGAUGCUGUCACCACCGAUGAAGAAAUCACCAAGAAAGUUACACCGUAUGUAGAUGAGGAAAGCGAAGAUGAGGAAAGCGAAGAUGAGAAAAGCGAAGAUGAGGAAAGCGAAGAUGUGGAAAGUCACCCUGUAGAUGACACUGAUGAUAUAAAAGAAACUCCAUUACUGUCUUUCUCUGAAGAAGCCAUGAACUCUCCCUCAUCUGAUUCCCUCAAACAUCAGGAAGCUCCUCCAAUAAUGCAGGACGAUAAACCACAAACUGCAGAGGAGAAGAACGUGUGGACAUCAUUUGGAGAUGCAGUUUUUUCGGUUGUCACUGGGGGAGAGACGACAGCACACGAUUUGAGUUCAGAAGAGGACGAAGAUGAUGAGGAAGAACAAGCGGCUGCAGAAACCCCUCAGAUUUCUGAGGAAGCAAAACAAGAUGUAGAAGAACCAACAACAGAAUUUCCAAAAGAACCAGAAAACAUGGAGCAUGUUUUUCUGGAUCGUCCUGAUUCCAGCUCUGUUCAAACAGAAAAUGAAGAAUCAGUCAAUGAUUCUGAGAGACUUUUGUUUGAUCGUGAUGAUGAGAGUGAUGGAGAAGUGUUUGGACGUGAGGAAGCUUGGGAUGAAACAUUAAAACCCACAGAGGAUACACCACGGAUACACCACCAAACAGAAGCAAGUAUGAUAUCAGUGGGUCCCAUAUCUCAAGAGAAUACUUCUGACAUUCCUGAAGCUGAAAAAUCAGACAUUAAAACAACAGAUGAACCCAUUGGGCACGAAGAAGAGGAAGGGGAGGAUCUGUCCAAAGAUUCAGAGGUCAGCGAUGAUAAUGCAGAUAUACAGGACAGUAGCAUUGUGAUGGAGCAUCGAGAGGAUUUAGACAUUUUGUUAGAAGAAAACAAGACAAUGACCAAUGAGGAAUUAGUCAGUACCGAAACUGAAACACGUCAGGAUCUGCCCAUAGAAGAGAAGCAAUCAAGGGAUUUAGAUGUCCAAGAAGAUCAAAAGAAAGUAGAUGACAGCUUGCCAAAUCAAAUACAUGAUCAUUUAAUGACGAAGUUUGAGAGUAAUAACAGUCAACUAGAUUUAUCUGUCAGGCAAGCAGAGAUUUAUGAGGAACCACGUACAGAGGGGAGGGAAGAUGAGAAAGAUGCAGAGCUGGAGGAAGAACUUGUUGAGGAGAAAGAAGAAUUACUUGAAGAUGAAAAUGCACUUUCAUUCUCAAAAUCAGAUAAAACAGACUCUGACAAACCCUCACUUGUAACUGAAACUCUGCCAACUGCGUCGACUGUAGAGCCAGAAUACAGCGAUAGCGUGAUGAGACUGACUCUGCUGCGAGACCACUUCACAGUGAAAGACAUGGAGCGAGUCCAAAGGCUUCUGGGUCUAAAAAAUGUCUUCAGAGUGGAGGCCAUGUUCUCUGAUCUGGACACGGAGUUGCAGGCUACCCGUCUGUCACACAAAGGCACCACGCAGGACAUUGAAAAUGCACUCGAGGGUAUCCUGGAAGCCUCUGAAAACACUAUCUUGGACGAGGUCGAGAAGAUGCUGGAUAGCCUGAACGCGAAUCAUGAUAAUGACCACCAUAUGGACACAAGUAGUUUGGAUGAGGAGACUGAAAUACUGGAUCAUUUCCAGAGGCUUGCAUUCAGCCUACGUCAGAAGUAUUCAACAGCCAGUGACUACACAACUUUAGCAACAGAAAAAGAACCAGAUGUUAACCGGGAUGAACUUGAAUGGAAUGUUAGAGAAGAAAUGCCCCACAUUGUUGAAAAAGACAAGGUCGACAGUGUCCCUGAGACUGAGAUUGAAGACAACGUCACGGUAACGUAUCAUGACGAAAGGCCAGCCAAGACUGAAGAGGAGCAGAUAGUUUUGGAUGAAGUGCACACUGGAGCAGAUGUCAGCGUGGAGGAGGAUGGCGGACACUUUAAUAAAAACAAAGACAAUCAGCCAAGAUUCAGCGCAUCAAAUGGAAUACAGAAGGUCCCACAAGACACUCUGGAAAAUCCUUUAGAUAUGGGCCUUGGAAUCGAGGUGAAGUCUUCGCUCUCAGGAUCUUUGGACCCAUCGGAAUCAGUGUCUGAAAUUCACAAAGAAGAAGUGGGAUUAUUCUCAACUGGGAUUGUUUACAUGGGCUGCAUCCUUUCGAUUGUCAAGAGUAAAAUUGUAGAGUGGACUACUGUGAUGAUUUCACUCCUGCCAGAAGAGUGGAGGCCUGGGGAAACCUUGUAUGGCUGUCCUUGGCAAGCGGUUGUCAUCACUGCCUUUGUAGGAGUAGUGACCUUCACCCUCUUCUUCUGGAGGACUGUGUUGGCAGUAAGGAAGAGGGAAUACUGUGUGGAUGAAAAAAGGCUCAUAGAGCAAAUCCAUGCACUCAAAAAAGAAAAGAAUGAUGCACUCACAAAGAUUUCUGAACUCCAGCAGCAGACUGAGCAACUCAAGGAAAACCAAAAGCAGUCAAAGGAAACAGUUAGUUGCACAAUUAAAAGAUUGCAAGACCUGGAGAGUAAGGUUUUGGAGGCAGAAUCACGAAAUGAGCAAAUGGCUGAAGAAAAGAACACAUACACGGAACUACUAGAAAAAGAGCAGGCAAACUCUAUGAAAAAUGAAACCAGGAUUGAGAAAUUGGAGAAGUCAAAUGAGAAGCUACAGCUCAGCAGAAAAAAGAUUCAGGAAGCGCUAGCUAAGACUACUGUUCUCCUGGACGAGGCCAAGAUUCGUGAAGAUGCGAGAAAUGUUCAGCACAAAUGUCUUGAGAAAGAAUAUGCAGCACUAAAACAAGAGAACAAAACACUUAAGGCUACAAUUAAGAGCUGGGAAGACAAGCACAAGGAGCUGAGCGAGCAGAUUAAAAGCUAUCAGAAGUCCCAGAAAGAGCUGGAAGACUCUGUGGUGCUCAAAGAUCACAACGUGGAGGUGCUGUCUGAACUUCUGGCAGACUUAGAUGCUUGUGAUCUACAAAAAGGUGACACCAAAGUUUUAGCCAAUGGUGAAAUAGCACCUGAUAAGAAAACAGCCAUAAAGAACAGGAUCAAACAGAUGAUGGAUAUUUCCCGGGUCCAGACCACUCUCACAGUAGUUGAAGAAGAGCGGGAUCGCUUCAUGACUAAACUACUCAAUGAAGAAAAGACUAGAAAGGCACUGGAAGAACAACAUCAGGAGCUUGAACAUGCAAUUGCAACCAUAAAAAGCGAGAAGAGCCAUGUUGAAAACCAGUUCAAGAUCCUCCAGCAGAAAAAUGAAAUCAUGGUUGAAAUGUACCAACAGAAGGAAAAUGCUCUACAGCAGAAAUUAACGAAGGAGGAGCUUGAGCGACGCAGCAAAGAGAAUCUGCUGUCUGAGGUGGGAGGAAAAGCUCUUGAGGCAGAGGAGCAGGUUAAAGUCUUAAGGCAACGCAUUAAUGAAAUGGAGGAGCAGAUGAAGAAGACUGAGGAAGUCUACAAAGAGCAGAUAAAAGAACAGGAAAACAAAACUCAUUCAAAUUGGGUGAAUGCUCGUAAUGCAGAGAGAGCUCUGAAUCAAGAGAAGCUUGAAUCAUCAAAGCUCCGUGAAAAGCUGGCUGUAAUAACUUCGCAACUGAAUGAGCGCCGUGCUCCUCUCUUCAGACCAAACUCUGGACAACCUGCAGGCCCUCGCCAAGGUGAUUCAUAUGGGCCCUCUCCCGUGAGUGGGGGUGCACCAUCCCCUCCACUAAUGAUAGAGGGUCCCAGGCGCCCUCCCUCUGCCCCUGUGGGGCGAAGAAUUGACCCGUAUGGUCCUCGACCUCCAUCAGAUCCUCAUGGUCGUUACCCUGAAAACAAACACAUCCCUGGGAUGGACAUGAUGGGCCCCCGCAGCUCAUCACCCACCAACAUGGAUGGAUCUACACAAGCAGUAGACCCACAGAUUAAAGCAGAGGCUGAGGCUGAGGCCUCCACAGUGAGUCCAGAGCCUGGACCUGGAUCCUUCCUAGCAUCUCCAAUCAGGGACUCUCCCGGCCCCAUGGUUCAAGGACCUCCACCUGGCCCCGGACUCCAUGACCCACUGCUCCCUCCUGGACCCCUCGGCCGUCUGCCACCACCCGGACCUUACAGACAUCAACGCCCCGGCCCAUUCCACCUGCCACCUGGUCCUCCUCCUCCAAAUGUACCUCCUCCUCUUCACGGGCCUCCACUACCAGCUAACGGACACCCAGGUAUGCCUCUGCCUGGACCCAUGGGAGGAGAGUUUGGACCUCGACCCAUCAACGGACAUGCAUUCCACCCCAGGCCUGGUCCUGGCCAUGUCGUUGAUCCUCGGGUUCCACCACAACCACAUUUCCGUCCCCCUCUGCCUCAUCACUUUGGACCGAUGCCUCCACCACACGGUGUCCGUGGGCCUAUUGGACCACGUCCACCCGUCCCUCCUGACAUGCGCUUCCCCGGACCACGUGACCAUGCGAGCCCACCAGUGGACCUGCCCCCAGGUAUCUCACCCCAUCCUGCACAUCCUGGUGAUGCUUAUGGUCAGGCUCCACCCGAUGCCCUCCACAAAUCAGCAGGAGCUCACAGCAGCCCCGGGCAGGACCUGUAUUUGAAGCAGGAGGCCCCUCAGGACUCUGCAAGGCCAGCAAUGGUCAAGCCUUAAAAAUGCCACCAGUUUUGGCAGAGGACUUGAACACCGCAUUACCCCAAACCCAUCACGUUAACCAACCAGAUCCAGUCCAAACAUAGGGCAUGAUUAUUUUCGUAUUUCAGUUAUAAAAUAAAAAAUAAAAAAACUGCAAUGAUGUUAAUUAAAAAACGUGGUCCUUAAAUCAAAACAUCAAUGAUUAUGUCUGAAAUCAAUAUAAGUUUAAAGGGUUGCCACUUUUCUAAACAGCUUACUGUGCAAUAACAAUUCAUUAUAUGCCAGAGGAUUUUCAUUUGUGUUGAUCUUUUAAAAAUAUAUAUAUAGUAGUGAUUUUUAAGGGGCAAAAUUUUUUUAAUGUCAUUUCCUGUGGAAAUUAUUUUGAAAAUGGAGAAAAAGGAGAGAUUUAGCUUCUAGCAUUUCAGGAAUACCAUAAUUUUCCCAAAGCUGUUGCUUUAGAACGAACUGUAAAGCAAAUGUGUAAUUUGAUGGCCAGAUGUAUAACUUAUUUUACUAUGUUGGUAGAACUUUUAAUAAUAAAGAAUGUAAAAGGUG